AUGGACUUUCUCAGCCGAGCUACAGCCAGUAGCGAUCACCAUGGUCAGGAAGGGAUUCCCGAGGAGCCAGACUACGCCAUCCGUUGCUACGCAACCAAGCACUCAUGGCGAGGACGCUACAAGCGGGUCUUCUGUGUGUCAUCCUCCGCUAUUAUCACACUCGAUCCCCACUCGCUCUCGUCUACCAACCACUACACCCUCGCGGCGGAUUAUGAGGGGAUUGUGGUGGCUCCUCCGCUUGGAGGGAAGGAAGAUGGGCAGCAGCUGGAAUUCACAAUCAACGUUCGCACAGAUGGACGUGGCAAGUACAAGCCCAUCAAGUUCUCUGCACGGCACCGUGCAUCUUUGCUGACGGAACUGCACAGGGUGGUGGCGGCACUGCAUCCCCACCCUCCUCGGCCCCUCACCACUCCCUCCACAGUCUUCCCUGUUCUCUGCCUCCGCCGCCGCUCUCAAACCUGGGUGCCUAGAGCUAUGCGCAUCUCACCAGUGGGAAUCGAGGUAAUCCAAGCACCCGUGGAAGCAGUUUCAGCUGCUUCCACUCCCGCAACAACAUCCCGCUCCUCCUCUGUGGCCUCCAUAGCAGCAGCAGUGCGCUGGAGUGUGGAGUUUCAGGGUCUCUCCUCCCCUGCUCUCACUGUGCUCGCUAGCCCAGAGGAGGCCGCAUCUAGUGCAGGUGCUUCCAGUGGAGGCUCAUCUGGAGGGUUCUUUGGUGUGCGAAGGGGCGUGGCGGGGAGGGAGGAUGGGGGGUUUAUCCUGCGGCUGGGGUUUGGGAGGCGGGCCAAGGCGAUCACAGCUACUGGAGGGUGUUCCAACUCGGCCAUCCUGUCAAAGAUUGUUGACACAGCCAAGGGCUCCAUAGGCCGUGCGCUCACAGUGGACACCACCUCUCGCCCGAGUGUCACAGACUUUGUUUCACAGACUGCGGUGGGAGGAGUGGGUCCCAACGAGCCCCCGCUGGGGGAGUGGUCCGUCACCCUCGUCCGUCACUCUGCUCUGCUCCCAGACCCCUCCCCUCGCGCCUCCUCUGCUGCUGCCGGUGGUGCUGGCGCUACCUCUAGCAGCAGCACCAACAGCAAUAGCGUGGCAGGGGGGGGAGUGCAAGGCGGAUUGGGUGUGGAGAUGAGUGGCUCGGCUCGUCAAUUUGCCGUGACUCGGCACCACUUUGUGGAGCGCAACCCAGUCACUUAUGAGGCCACAUACAUGCGGCAGCUCUCAACCGUGUCGGCUCUGGUGCGAUGGGUGGAGGAGCCUCAGCUGCUGGCUCUGGAGUUCGUUGACGGGGCACCAAUCCUGGUGUACCGAUGUGCAGCACGUGACUCUCUCCUGUCCGCCCUCAAAGAUGCUAUUGAAACCGAGACAUCUAAGCCCGUUCCUGUUCUCGCUCGGCUCUCGGCAGGGGUUGAUGUUCCUGAUGUGGUGGUCAUGGCUGUGCUUAGCAUGCUGCCCAGCCCGCCUGUUCCUCCUCCUGCGGGUACUGAGGCUGCUUAUAACGAAGCAGGUGCUUAUAGCGCAGCGGCAAUUCUCCCUGCGCCUUCCCCGAGGGCUGCUGGGACGCACAUUGGGCUGCUGGCGUGUCUGCGGCGCCUGGUGGGGGCAAGUGGCGCGUUCUCAUUGGUGGUGGGGAUGCCGGGAGCAGUGGGGAGAAUUAUGGGGCUUGUGCGGAGUGGGUCAGAGGCAGUGGCGGCUGAAGCACUCGGUCUGCUGCGAGCCAUCAUAGCACUGCCAGUCUCUCUGCGGAAUACAGCCAGCCAGAUUGGAGCAGCCAGUCAGGGCACAGCAGCUGCCAGCACAGCAUGCAACAAGGCCAUGGCUGCUCGCGCUGCUGCCAAAGCCGCUUUCUUCCCCACGCCUGUCCAGGUGGCAGCAGUGGUGAAUCGCCUGAAGCCACGGUCGGUGUCGCCACUGCUGUCAGCUGCAGCAGUGGCGGUGGUGGAAGCGCUGGUGUGCUCGCCUGACAGUGACACCACACAGGACGCAAUCUUCCAUGAGACACUGCGCCAGGUGGCAAACCUAAAGCGCCGUCUCUUCUCCCUGUUCGCGCAUCCAGCCGAGGGCACACGGGAGGCAGUGGCAGUCAUCAUGUGCACCAUCGCAGAAGAAGACGAGGCCGCCGCCCGGCCCAUGCGCGAUGCCGCCCUAAAAGACGGCGCUUUCCUGCGGCACCUGAGCAACAGUGUUGCAGCAGCGGGAGGGGAGAGGAGAGAUCUGAGCCGGCAGCUGAUUGCCCUCUGGGCUGAAGGGCAUGACCCCAGUCUGGAUCUCAUCCGAAGGUGCUUCCCUCCUGGUCUCUGUGCUCAUCUGUACUCGCGUCGUGACACGUCAGCAGCACUGCCAGGUCAGCAGCAGGUCGGGAGGAAGGGCAGGAGGAGGGUAUCAGCAGCAGCUGCUGCUAUCGGCCGCAGAAGGCACGGGCUAGGGGGUGUGGGCGCUGGGGGCUGGGGCAGUGCGGGGGAGAGCAUGACCGGUAAUCUGGGGGUUGGUUUGGGAGGAGGGCAAAUGGCAGGAGCAGGGAGUGGUGAGGAUGGGCAGUUCUCAGCGGCUGCAGCGGAUUUUCUGUCUCAGUCAACGCCUUUCCUGCCCUCCUCCCGCCCGCAAGACCUGUCCAUUUCGGACCUCUGGCCUGCCGGAGCUGCCUCAGCUUCGGCCCUAGCCAGCUCGGAAGCAAGCACAGCCGGGGGAGGUCUCAACUGGGAGCGGUUCUGGCACGAGUUCGCGGGGGACCACUGCAGGGCGGAUCUGAUCUGGAACGAGCGCACGAGGCAGGAGCUGAGGGAGGCUCUUCAGGGGGAGGUACAUCUGCUGGACGUGGAACAGGAGAGGUUCUUGGGGGGAGGAGGGGCGGAGGAGGAAAGGCGGGAGGAGAAGGAAGGAUUGGAGAAGGGAGAUUCUGGUGGGGAGGGUGAUGGGGAGGAGGAAGGAAGAGGGGUCGUGCUUAGCUGGAAUUUCGCCGAGUUUCGAGUGCGGUAUCGGUCGUUGGCCUGUGAACUGUGCGUAGGGGGUUAUUACCUGCGCCUCUUCCUCCACCCAGGUGCCGUUGACGGUCAACCAGACACCGUCGCUGCUGCUGCUGCAGCUGGUGGCGGCGCUGUGGAUUCUCCCACUGACAGUACAGGGGAGGCAGGGGCAGCAGCAGUGGGAUCGAUUCGGGACCCUGCAGCGUUUUUCCGGUCGCUGUACCACCGGUUCUUGAGGGAGGCGGAUAUGGGGCUCGUGGUGGAUGGGGUUGACGCCUCUCAGGAUCGUGCCAGGCUGAGUGAGUGGUGCGACCCCACAGGCGAAGACUGCUUCGGAGGAGCCCAGCUGCAGCAGCCUGCUGCAGCAGCAGGGGAUGAAGGAGCAGUGGAAGGUGGAGCCAGCAAGGGAGAGGGGCAGGGAGGGCAGGGUGGGAAGGGAGGAAAGGGAGGGAAGGGAGGAGGGGCGGUGAGCAAUGCGGUGCGGGAGCUUUGUGCGCGGGCCAUGGCGAUAGUGUACGGGCAGUACGGGGCGGUGAUAGGGCCGUUUGACGGCACGGCGCAUGUCACUCUGCUGCUGGAUCGCACCUUGGAUAGAACCCUCCGCCACCGCCUGCUGCUGCUGCUCAAGGCGCUGGUGCGAGUGCAAGAGAAUGCGAGUGCGUGUGUGGCGGUGGGAGGGUGUGAGCUGGCAGUCGACCUCCUCUGCUCUGCACACGACGCCCAUGAACGCACCUCCAUUCCUCUCCAGUCGAACCUGCUGGCGGCAACGGCAUACACAGAGCCUCCUAAAGAAUGGUUCUACAUGCUGCCCAACGGGGGCCGCGUGGGGCCGGUGCUCAAGGCGGCAGUGCAGCAGGCGCGGUGGCGGGGGGAGGUUCACUGGAGCACCCGCUGCUGGGCGGCCGGGUGGGACGAGUGGCGCCGCGUGUGUGACGUGCGGGAGCUGCGCUGGGCCAUGGCCACUGGCGUUGCCAUCCUCACGCCUGCUCAGGUGGGAGAAGCAGCACUGGACAUCCUCCUAUCCCUCGUCGCCUGCUCCUCCUCCACCUCCUCCCUCCACCUCCCCUCGUUACAAUCACACACCACAUCCACCAACGGCCCGUCCGAAGUGCUAGUGGGAAGCGGGGGAGCGAAUGCCGUUGAUGGUGGUGGUGGUGGUGGAGGUGGAGGGGGGAGGGGGCGGGAGAGAGGGGGAGGGGAUGUGCUGGUGCCCAUGCCCAGGGUCAAGAGAGCUCUCUGUGACCCCAGAUGCCUGCCGCACCUCGCACAGGCCAUUCUCACCAACGAGCCUGCUAUAGUGGAAAAGGCCGCGCUGCUAUUGGAGGAGAUCGUGCGCCACAAUCCAACAGUCGCCACCCGCCUGUACACCACGGGCGUGUACUUCUUUGCGUUCGCCUACGCUGGCUCCAACUUUGGGACGCUAGCGUCGCUCUGCCACGCCACACACACUCGGCAAGCGUAUGUGAGCGGCAUAGAGGCAGCGGACAUGGCGUCACAGCCGCUGGCCAAGCGCAGCAUCCUGGGAGUGCUGCUGCCAGAGAGCCUGCUCUACGUGCUUGACAGGCGUGGGGCAGCAGCGUUUGCCGCUGCUGUUGUGGCGGACUCUGAUUCGCCGGAGCUCAUCUGGACGCAUGCCAUGCGGGGCUCCGUGCUCAUCCCGCAGAUUCUCUCCCACCUGGGCGAUUUCCCCCAGCGCCUGAGCCAGUUCUCCAGGGCGCUGUAUGACCACACGCCCAUGCCGCCCAUCUCGUACCCCGAGCUCAAGGACGAGAUGUGGUGCCACCGCUACUACCUCCGGAAUUUGUGCGAUGAGAUCCGUUUCCCUGAUUGGCCGAUUGUGGAGCACGUGGAGUUCCUCCAGUCGCUGCUCGCCAUGUGGCGAGAGGAGCUCGCAAGGAAGCCCAUGGGGAUCUCCGAUGAGGAAGCAUGCGCCAUUCUCGAGAUUCCCACCGUUAAGCAGCAGCCAGCCUCCGCCGCCGCAGGUACAGCCUUCCCCGCUACAAGACAAGGCGUGCAAGUGGACGAGGACGUGCUGAAGAGGCAGUACCGGCGCAUGGCGGUGAGAUACCACCCGGACAAGAACCCUGAAGGGCGCGACAAGUUCUUAGCAGUGCAGAAGGCAUACGAGCACCUGCAGUCUGCCAUGCAGGGCCUGCAGGGGCCGCAGACCUGGCGCGUGCUGCUGCUACUGCGCGCGCAGAUUAUUCUGUUUCGGAGGUAUCCGGGAGUUUUGGAGCCGUUCAAGUAUGCUGGGUUCCCGCUGCUGCUGCAGCUGCUGCGGCUGGAGGAUGGGGAUGGCGAGGCAGGUGCAGGGAAUGCGGGGGAUGGUGCGGGUGAUGGUGCUGGUGUUGGUGCUGUUGGUGGGGAGGAUGGUGGGAAGGCGUGGCGGCAGCAGGAGAGCGCAUCUAGCUUUCUGUCGCCAGAGCGUUCGGAGUUACUGCAGGCAGCAACGCAUCUGCUGUGGCUCAUCUGUGCCUGCUCCUCCCUCAACGGCGAAGAGCUCUUGCGAGACGGGGGCCUGCCUCUCCUCACCACGCUCCUCUCCCGCUGCCUCUCCCUCCUCUCCCCCUCCUCCUCCCCCACUGACCCCCCUGCCCUCAUCGCCACCCACAUCCUCCGCACGCUCGCCAUUCUCUCCGCCUUCCCCUCCGCCCGCACCGAGGUUCGGACCAACCAAGCCUGCGCAGCAGCCUUGGUGCCGGACCUGGUGGUGGCGACGGAGCUAGAGAGCACGCCCGGGGCUGUGGAAGCAGCACUAGAGGGGAUUUUCCACCUGGCGCUGUCUAAGGGGCUCAGAGAGAGGCUGCUAAGGGCUGGUGCAUUGUGGUAUCUGCUUCCGCUGCUCUUUAAGUUCGAUUCCACUGCGGAUACUGCUGGUGGUGAUACCAAAGGCGGAGGCGGCAGCAGCAGCAGCCUGAGUGCAGGUGCAGCAGUGACUGCAAAGGCCGGCAGCGGCGGCGGAGCCUUGCUUCUAUCUGCCUCUCAAUCCUAUCAGUCCUCUUCCCAGUACCUCGCCCUGCCCUCCACAUCACACACUAUCUCCACCCCACUCCCUUCCACCGGUACGAAUGGCACCAGAAUCAACACCAGCAGCACCACAUUCUCCUCCUCCACCUCAGCCUCUGCCUCUGCUGUCACCGCUGUCACGGGCCAAUCAGCAAUCGGCGCCAACGUCCAGUCAGAGCGCAACCUGCAUGCAGUACUGGCAGCACGAGCCAUUGCUCGACUGACAGGGUACCUGAGGGAGAAAGGCGGGUUUGCGGAGAGGGGAGGCGAGGAGGAAGGGUGGGGGGAGGGCGAGGGGGAGGAGGGGUCGGCGGAUGCAGCAGCACGGGCGGCUGUGAAGGUGCUGCUGACGCCGCGGCUGGCUGCUAGACUGGCAGAGAACUCGCCUGUGGGGCUGCUCAAGGCGCUCACCAGCAAUGUGGAGAGCCCUCAGGUGAUAUGGAGCAGUGGCACUAGGGCACAGCUGCUGCGGUUUCUGGAGGACAGGAGGGCGCAGAGGGAGGCAGAUGGGUCGUAUGCGGUGGAUGCAUGCCAGACGUUUGUGUACACUGCACUGGAGGACGAGAUCCAGGUGGGAGACAUCUACCUCCGUCUCUUCAUCCAACAUCCAGACUUUCCUCUCUCUGACCCCGAGUCACUCUCCGCUGCCCUCGUGCCUUUCCUGCUCGACAUGUGCGCGCUGCUCCCGCCCAUGCACCACUCCCAAUCGCACCACACGCCUCUGCACCCUGCUGCUGUCCUGCUGCUGCGCAAGUGGGACCGGCGGGGUGUGGAGGGGGGCGAGGAGGAGGAGGAAGAGGACGGGAAAGGAGAAGGGGAAGAGGAGGAGAACGGCGGAGGUGGGGAGGGAGGUGGCGGUGGUUUUAGGAUUCCAGACGAUUGGGAGGUUGAUGGGGGGGGAGGAGGAGCAGGAGGGAGAGGUGGCGGGGAGGAGCAGGACGGGGGUGGGAGGGAUAGCAAAGGGAGGCGGAAGAGGAGGAGGAAGGCAAGGGAUGUGCGGUGGGUGUUGGGGAAUAUCAUCACGGCCCUCACCUCCCUCCACAACGUGCUCUCCACCUCGCCUUCUGCCGCCGCUGCCGUCGCCUCCCCUGCCUCCCUCGCCCCUCUCUUCACCUGCAUCUCCCUCUCCCUCCCCACACUCCCUGCCCCACCCUCCUCUUCCUCUUCCUCUUCUACUGUCUCUGCACCCGCUGCUCUCUCCGCUGCACACAUAGAGGCUAGAAUCCGCCAUCUCGCGCUGGCAGUGCUGACCAGACUCACCGGCUUCGCACCUAGUGUGGCUGCGAUGGUAUCAGACCGAGGCUCUCUCCUGAUGCUGCUGCUGCUGCUCGUGCGAUCGCCGCAAUCUCGGCCGUCCAUUCUGGGCAUGCUGCAGUCGCUGGCGGGCACGCCAGAGCUAGCGUGGGUGGUGGCGAAGCAAGGCGGCGUCGUCUUCCUCCUCGCGCUCCUGCUCCCUGCCCCUGAUGUCUGCCUCCUCCGUGCCUCCUCCGUGCCUCCUCCGUGCCUCCUCCGUGCCUCCUCCGUGCCUCCUUUGCGCCACUCACAGGUCCAUGAUUGUGUGCCCAGCCACAUGUGCGCCUACUUAACCAUGAGCAUGUAUCCCCAACCACAUUCACUCCUCUCCCUUCGCCCGUCCCCUGCAGGAGACGACAUACCCCACCCUAUCCGGGUCACCACAGCCCUCCUCCUCUCCGCGCUCCUCUCUCAGCCCCUGCACGGCCCGCGGGUCUUCCUCUCCCUCUCCCGCUUCCUGCCCCAAGGCCUCCUCUCCUUCCUGCGGGACGGUUCAGGGGAAGCCGCCAUUGCUGCUCUCUCCCAGACCACGCAAACCCCCGAGCUCGUCUGGUCCCCCGCCCUCGCGCUCAAUCUCGGCCGUCGGAUAGCGGUGCUGGCUGCUGAGGUUGUACGGAUGGUGGAGAUCGCACGGAGGUCUGGUGGUGGGGGGAAGGGAGGAGGCGAGGGUGGUAGUUCCGUUUUUGGAAACCUGGCUUCUUUUGAAUGGGAUCCGCCUGAUCUUGUGGGGGCUACCGGUGGGGGCACUCCAGGUGUUGCAUCAGGUGCUGGUUCGGGUGGUCCAGGUGGGGCGCCAGGCGCAUCAGACAACAGUCUGUUGAAUUCACCUGAAGAAGGGGACGAGUGGCAGGUGGGCGGCGUGUACAUUCGUCUCUUCCUCAAGGACCCCAAGUACCCGCUGCGCAACCCCAAGCGCUUUCUCGAGGGCCUUCUCGACCAAUACGUGCUUGCCACGUCAGCACUGUUCGCCCCAGCUUCCCCUGCUCCUGCUCCCACAGCAGCAGCAUCGGGAACAGCAACGGCCGCGGCGGUAGCAGGGAGGGGGCUGGUAGGAGCAGCAGCAGUGGCAGCGGCGGCAGAGAGAGUGGAGCUUCUAGCAACAGCGCUCAUCUCCCUGCUGAGAGUUCAGCCACUCCUGAGUGAACACGUGGCACUGCUGGGUUACGUGCCGAAGCUGCUGCUGCUGACUGCAGCCGAGGGGCAACUGCUUACCGCCUCUGCGCCCUCUGCUGCUGGCGCUGCAACUGCUGCUGCAGCAGGGGCAGCAAUAGCUGGGGGUGCAGGGGGCGGGGUGGCACAGGGUGGGACGAAGGGAGGGGUAACUGCAGCGGAGGCAGAUGCGGAGGCGAGGAGGCAGGCGGGGGAGAGGGCGCGCAUGUGCUCCUUGAAGAUCCUCCACCAGAUAGCCGCCAAUGGCCCCUGUGCUGAGGCUCUUGCUGUCCCCGGUGCCAACGCCCCCCAGGUGAUAGCCCUGCUGAUGCGGGCAAUCGGGUGGGCGGGAGCGGCAGUGCUGGCUCUGGAGACAAUGAAGAGAUUGCUGGCUCCAACCAACAGAUCUCGAGACGUCAUUGUUGCACAGGCGCUCAGGAAUGGCUUGGUUCAGGUCCUGCUUGCAAUCCUGGACUGGCGGGCAGGCGGAAAGGCUUCGCUGGCUGCCCGGAUGCGGUGGAGCGAAUCAGAGGCAGCGGUGGGGCGAGUGCUGGCAGUGGAAAUUCUGAAGCUGCUGGGGGCAGAUGGGGCCUACUCCAUCCGUGUGCAAGAGAUCCUGAAUGGCUCUGAGGUGUGGAGGGCGUUCAAGGACCAGAAGCACGACCUAUUCCUGCCCACCAACGUGCAGUCAUCCGGUGCCGGUGUGGCUGGCUUGCUGCAGGGCGCUGGCUCUGCUGCCCUCGCCCUCCCUGCCCCCGCCGCCCCUCCCACCACCGCUACUCCUGCUGCUGCGCCUGCUGCUGCUCCUGCUGCUGCUCCUGCUGCGGCUGCGGCUGUCGCUCCUGGUGCUACUCUUUCCUCGUCUCCUCUUCAUUCUGGGGAAGCAGCUAGAAGCUUAUCCUCUUCUACUGCUGCAGUGUCUGCCCAUCACUCACCAGUACCCACCGGCUCUCAUCUCCCCCAUGCCUCACACUCCUCUCCCUCGCUCCUGCCUCUCUCCUCCAUGCCCACCCCCCUCUCUCCCGCCCAUCCGGUACCCACUCACUCUCAUCAUGCACACACUCCCUUCGCUCCCUCCCAACCUGCUUCUACCGCAAUUCAUCCCUCUCCUGCUCGAACAGUGCCUCACUCCACAUCUGCAACAGCUUUCUCACCCUCCCCUUCCUUCCCAGCCGCCAUUUCAACCACUACAUCUCCCCCAAACCGCUCCCAAGCGUUGGAUCCGCUAUUAGGUUCGGCACCGGGGCUGGUGUCAGCAACAGGAGGUUCGGAUGCAGGUGUGGCUGGGAUGGCAGCUUCGGCAGUAGCUCGCGCCUCUGUAGGAGAGGCAGCUGGAGCCGUCACAAGAGCAACAGCUGGGGCACGAUCUAGUGGUGCUGUGGCAGGGCCGGCUGCUGGUUUGACGGCGCCUGCUGUAGUUUCAGCCUCGGAUUUUGAUCGAGUGGUGGAGGAAAAAAUGCUAGGAGGGGAAAUUGGUGGGGCUGCUGGUGGACAGGUGAUUGGUCAGGUGGCCCGGCAGGCUGAGCGAGAAAACACUUCUAAUGUAGGGAAGGCAAGGAUGGAGGAUGAAGGGUUUUUGGUGCUUGGGAGGCAGGGGACGGGGGGUACAGGGAACGAGGGUUAUGGGGGUGAUGAGGAAGAGGAGGAGGUUGCAAGGCAGCCCAUAGGGCUGGAUGCUGCCCCCUUGUAG